CCUGUUCGCAGUCUUGGGCCACUGACCCUUAACCUGGUUGUUCUGUUCUGUGUUGUGUACUAUUCUAAUAACUUGAAGUUUGAUGGAAUAACCUUUUUAACUCUCCUACAUAUGGGCUGACAAGAAAUCAAGAAAAUGAGCAAUACUCUUAAUAUCGUUCACAAAAAUUGGAUGAAUAGAACCAAUUGUGAGAACACCCUAAAUCUCAUGACAAGGCAACUUUAAAGACUGUAAGAUCUGCUUCCUGAUUCUAGUAGUUUCCUGGCCGUGUUGUAAUUUUUGAGAACCGAGGCAGAAUAUGCUGCUUUAAAGAGAAGAGAGAAUGAAUGUCAAGUGAUCUAAAAUGGACGCCUCAUCACCUGCUCCACCCACACCUGUCCCAGAGCGGUUGCUAGCUAUUCUUCAACAACUGUCCAGUGAGGAGUUGAAGUCAUUUCAGUGGUACCUGAAGCAGCGUGUUUCGGGUGGCUCAUCUCCCAUCCCAGUUAGCAGGCUGGAAAAUGCUAAAAGAGAGGACACAGUGGAUCAGAUGGUACAUACCUAUAGGGAAGCUGGUGCUCUGGAGAUGACGCACCAUAUUCUGCGGAAGAUUAAACGGAAUGAUCUAGCUGUUCCAAUGUCAGGGACAGAACACCAAGCCACAGCAGGAGUAUCAGCCAUACCAACCAGGCCCAACCUGAACACAGGCACCGUACCAGUUCAGGAUGUUCAGGAUGCUUCUGCAAAUCUCUCCAACCACACUGAGCCUGGAGACCAUGUUAAGAAACAUACACUCACCUCUGUUAACUCUACAGAUGAUGGUCCUUCAUAUGAAGAUGUUGAGAAGUACCGACGUAAAUUCCAAUACAAACUGAAGGAAAAGAUUCAGCAUGUAUUUGAGGGGGUGCCAAAACAGGGAAAGAAAACACUUCUCAAUAAGAUCUACACAGAACUCUACAUCACAGAGGGUGGAAGUGAAGAGGUCAAUAAUGAACACGAGGUAAGACAGAUUGAGAUCGCAUCCAUCACACCAGCAUCAACAGAAGAAAAGUUGAUCGAAUGCAAUAACAUCUUUAAAUUUGUAACUGGACAAGACAAACCUACCAGAACUGUGCUGACGAAGGGAGUCGCUGGCAUUGGAAAAACAUUCUCUGUACUUAAGUUCAUUUUGGACUGGGCUGAUGGAAAAGAAAAUCAAGAUAUCCAGUUCAUAUUUUCACUGCCUUUUCGAGAGCUAAAUUUGGUGAGGAAUAAAUUGCUGAGUUUAGUGGAUCUUGUUUAUGAAUGCAUCAGAGAGGCAAAAGUGAUUAAGAAGGAAUUUCUCUAUCAGAUUUUCACAAAAUUACAAGACUCAGGAAACCCAAACUACAAUGAGAGCAAGUACAAAGUUCUAUUUGUCCUUGAUGGUCUAGAUGAGUGUCGAUUGCCUCUAGACUACAAGAAAAAUGAUAGCUGGGAUAAAGCUACAGAGCCAACCUUAGUGGAUGUACUUCUGAAAUCCCUCAUCAAUGGGAAUCUGCUUCCCUCUGCUCGCCUCUGGAUAACCUCUAGACCUGCAGCAUCCAAUCAGAUUCCUUCUGGGUGUGUUGACCAAGUGACAGAAGUACGAGGGUUCAAUGACCCACAGAAGGAGGAGUACUUCAGGAAGAGAUUCAGUGAUGAGAAUCUGGCAAACAGAAUCAUCUCACACAUUAAGACAUCAAGGAGUCUCCACAUCAUGUGCCACAUACCAGUCUUCUGUUGGAUCUCAGCUACAGUUCUGGAGCGCAUAUUGAGUACAGAUACGAAUGGAGAAAUACCAAAGACUCUGACUCAAUUAUUCCUUGGUUUACUGGUGUUUCAUGCUAAACAGAUGAACGAGAAAUAUAAUGAGAAAGGUGAGGGAGAUCCACACUGGGAUAAAGAGAGCAUUAUGGCACUGGGAAAACUGGCUUUUCAACAGCUAAAAAAUGGCAACCUAAUUUUCUAUGAGUCAGAUCUGCAAGAGUGUGACAUUAAUGCCAGAGAAGCUUCGGUUCGCUUGGGAGUGUUCACACAGCUCUUCAGAGAGGAUUAUGGGCCGUUCCAGGAGAAGGUGUACAGCUUCGUGCAUCUGAGCAUCCAGGAGUUUCUGGCUGCGUUGUAUGUCUUUUUAUCAUUCAACAACAGCAAUGUAAACCUAAUGAACAAAGACCAUUCCGCCAUCAGAAAAAUUCUUAGGAAGUUUACAUUAAAACCUGCCUUCACCUUUCACAAGAGUGCUGUGGAUAAAGCCUUACGGGGUAAGAAUGGACACCUGGACCUGUUCCUCCGCUUCCUUCUGGGCCUCUCACUAGAGUCCAAUCAGUCUCACUUACACGGCCUACUGACACCGACAAGGAGCACGAGAAGCAGCUCUCAGUGCCAUGAGCAAACAGUCAAGUACAUAAAGAGGAAGAUCAGAAAGAAUCACUCUCCAGAGAAGUGCAUCAAUCUGUUCCACUGUCUAAAUGAACUAAAUGACCAUUCACUGGUGAAGGAGAUCCAAAACUACCUGAGCUCAGGAAAUGUCUCCAGAGAAGAACUCUCACCUGCACAGUGGUCAGCUCUGGUCUUUGUGUUGUUGACUUCAGAAGAGGAGCUGGUUGUCUUUGAUCUGAAGAAAUACUCCAGAUCAGAAAAGGGGCUUCUGAGACUGUUGCCAGUCGUCAAAGCCUCCAGAACAUCUCUGCUGAAUGGAUGUAACCUCACAGAGAGCUGCUGUGAAGCUUUAGCCUCAGCUCUCAACUCCUCCCACCUCAGAGAGCUGGACCUGAGUGACAACAACCUGCUGACGGAUUCAGGAGUCAAGCUGCUCGCUGUUGGACUGGAGAAUCCGCACUGUAAACUUGAGACACUGAGGUUGUCAUUUUGUGGAGUCACAGCGAAAGGCUGUGCUUCUUUGGCCUCAGUUCUGAAGUCAAACUCUUCAAACCUGAGAGAGCUGGACCUGAGUGACAAUGACCUGCGGAAUUCAGGAGCGGAACUGCUCUCGGCUGGACUGAAGAAUCCACACUGUAAGCUUGAGACACUGAGGUUGUCAUUCUGUGGAGUCGCAAAGAAAGGCUGUGCUUCCCUGGCCUCAGCUCUGAGGUCAAACCCCUCACACCUGAGAGAGCUGGACCUGAGCUACAAUCACUCAGGAGUGAAUCUGCUCUCUGCUAUAUUAGAGGAUCCCUGCUGUAAACUGGAGAAACUCAACAUGGGAAAUGGAGAUUUCACAACCCAACCAGGUCAAAUUAAAUAUGCACGUAAUCUCACACUGGACCCAAACACUGCACACAGACGCCUCUCUCUGUCUGAGGGGAACAGAAAGGUGACAUGGGUGGAUGAGAAGCAGCGGUAUCCUGAUCACCCAGAGAGAUUUGGGAACUGUGAACAGGUGCUGUGUAGAGAGGGUCUAUCUGGGCCUGGGCCCUGUUACUGGGAGGCAGAUUGGAAUGGGGAAUGGGCUGUUAUAGGAAUGGCAUAUAAAGGAAUCAGCAGGACAGGAGGGCGUAAAGACUGUGUGCUUGGAUACAAUCGUAAGUCUUGGAGUUUGGAGUCCUCUAAUCACAGUAACACCACCUGGCACAAUAAUAACUACACUGAGUUUCCUGUCCAAUCCUCCCCUUACUACAGAGUAGGAGUGUAUCUGGACUGGCAGGCCGGCAUUCUGUCCUUCUGCAGAGUCUCAUCUAACUUACGGACACACCUGCACACAUUCCACACCAAAUUCACUGAGCCCCUCUACCCAGGGUUUUAUGUUGGGAGUGGUUCCUCAGUCACUCUGAGGUAAAAACUUUGCAUUAGGACUGCGGCAGUCUUGUUAUUAUUGGUGUUUGUAAAUAAUGGCAUUCGUAGAGUGUUUUGUGAAAUUGCUGACACAACAACUCUGCUUCUGUUUGAACUAAAUUACACUGAAUGGAAUUUUCAUGGUACAUAUUUUGCCAUGAACUUGGUAUCUGUGUGACCGAUUAUCACAAAUUCAACACGACACUGGAGGUACAGUAUAUUACAGACACCAGGAUUGCCACCCAUCUACAGAGUAAAGUCAACCGGUUACUGGUAAGACAAAUACACAGACGGACUGCUACAACUCUUAAGUAGUGCUACUGGUUAUACUCAGAACACUAGUGACGCACAAAAAAACUAUAUCUGAAAGACUCACAACCAAAGUGGAAAAAAGACCCUUGGAGAUAUUAUUUUUCAGUAUUUAUUGAUAUUAACUGUUGUAGGAGUGUAAGUGUUGUUUAUUAGUUCAUUCUGACAGUUGCCGCUGUAUAUACUGGGAUCACUGGGAUUAUACUAUUAUGUUAUUUGAAGAUGUCACACUUGAAAUAAACUGAAAAGAUGUACAGGUGUAGGAUCUUAAUUUGAUCACUUUUGUUGCUGAGAAUUUUACUGCACAGCAGGAAAUGCACACUUGUAGUGAGUUUUAAAAAGGCUUCUAAAGUCUGGAAUUUGACAUUUCAUCCACCCCUACGAAAAUGUCCAAUUCACCUUUCCCAAUUCAGAUUUCCUGUUGCUGCAGGAUUCUAUUCCUGCUGUAGCAAACUGUCUCAAAUUAAGAUUGCAACUGUCUCACCGCAGUUUAUAUGACUGCAACAUCAGGAGUUUCAUAAGCAUACCUUUAGCAAUUCAUUACUCAUGAUUUUCCGAUACUAAAACAACUUAUAUUAUUCAUGCCAUGUUGAUAAUGUGAAAGGGAAACAUGGUGAUUUGUUUAAAUUAUAUUUGUUUAAUCCAACAACCCCAGGGCAUCGGCCCACGCUAGCUCGUGAAUGUAUCCUGUGUGGUUCAGUUGGUAGAGCCUGGCACUUGCAAUGCCAGGGUUGUGGGUGUGAUUCCCACAGGGGACCGGUAUGAAAAAUGUGUGAACGCACUACUGUAAGUAGCUCUGGAUAAGAACCUCUGCUAAAUGACUAAAAUGUGAUAUUUAACACAUCGUCAACCCAAUAACAUAUUAGCCUACAGUACAGUAGGCCUAUGUCCAAUAGUGAACUGAGCAUGAUGCAAGAGUAAAACCUAUAGUUUGUGAUAUUGGAGUAUUUGUAUUACAAAAUGUUUGACCAUCAUGUGAAUUAAAUGUAUGUUAUGACA